UCUAGAUACGUAGAAUUGAUUAUAAACUGAUAUAACGAUAGGCAUAAACAAUGAGUGAUGUCGAAUCGGACGAAGAUGUUCUUGCCAAUCUCUUAGCAAAUAUUGAUAGCGAUGAUUCAAAUCACAUUGGUACAGAAUCAUCCGAGCAAAUUAAACCUGCUAUAUUGAAAGAGCUUGAUUACAAUUUUAUCGACAGCGAUUCUACAAAUUGUACUGAUAAAAUUGUCGAAACAAAAUCUCCAAAAUUACCAAGCGAAUCUGUUUCUUAUGUCGAUGACAAUGUAAAUUCUUCCGACGAUGAAGAUAAAAAAUAUUUUGAAAAACAACGAUAUUCUGAAUAUGGCAGAGAGAUAAAGUGUUUAUUAAAGAAUAAAGAACCGGAAGAUAUAAAUUUUAACUCCAGUCUCAAAAAAGGAAAUAACUUUAAUUCGUCAAAUAAUAUAAAUUACAAAAAUAAUAGUAACUGUUUUAAUUCAGAAACAGAUAGUUCAGUAUCAAAUGAUUCUAAUUCUUUAGUACAGAAAAGCGAUCAAAGUAGUUUAAAAUGUCAAGGAGACUUUAAUAAUUCAAUUAAAAAGAAUGUUGAUAAAGAUCCAAUUUUUGGCUUCAAGAUUAUUAAGCCUUUGAUUUCAUCAUCGGAGUUGAUUGAAAAAAUGCAAGGCCGAAAAGCAGUUUCUGUUUCAUCGGUGAAGCUGCAUUUAACUAAUCAAUCUAUGGGAAAUUCAAACGAGGAUUGGGUAAUUGGAGGGAUAAUAUUGAAUAAAAGUUUGACCAAAACGUCGCAAAAAGGUAAUCAGUAUUGCAUUUGGAAAAUUACUGAUCUCGGUAUGGAUAUGAAAACUGUUUCCAUAUUUCUUUUUAGUAGUGCAUAUAAAAAUUUUUGGAAAGUAUCAAAUGGUACGGUCAUUAGUAUUUUAAAUCCCUCUGUGCUGGAAUCUAGAGACGAUAAAGACUUGGCAACACUUUCUGUUAAUAAUUCUCAAAAAGUUCUAAUAUUAGGUUUUUCCAGGGAUUUGGGUAAAUGCAAAUCAGUAAAAAAAAAUGGUGAACCUUGCACGUCUCCGGUUAAUUUAAGCAAUUGUGAAUAUUGUGUUUAUCAUAUAAAACAAGAAUACGGAAAAUAUUCAAGACGAUCUGAACUUCAAACUACCUCGAUGAACAGAACUUUUGGAAUUUCAAAAAAUACUAACUCUAAACAGGCGGGCGUCUUGCAGCGACGUCAUCCUGAUGCAUUACCAUUUAUUGCUAUCCCAGCCAAACGUAACGAAGCCCUUUUUAAAAAGGAUUGCGAACGUCUAGCUUUGUUAAGAGGUGAUAAACCUGUAGUGGAGAAAACAAAGACAAUUUAUGAAAUAACACCAGAAAGCAAAGUAAAGAAAACCACUGUUGAAUUUUCAAGUAGUCAAUCAAAAAAAGAUAUAGAGAGAUUGAAUAAGCUAAGGGGAUGCAACGGCAAUGAAAAUUUACGUUCACCACCUAGGAACGAAGAGAAGAAAGUUGAUGCUAAGUUUAAAUUGCCCACUCCAAAAUUAGGAAGUGGAAUGAAGGGUGGAAUGAUUGACUUUUCAGAAUCAAUUCCGAAAAAUCUUAUAAACAGGGCCAAGUUAAAUGCUAUCGAAUGGGUAAAACGAAAUGGUAGCAUAAAAAAAUUGAACCCCAACAAUGUUCGUCCGGAUAAGGAAUUAUUAAAAGACAAAGGUCGUAAACGCAAAAGAGAGGAUAAAAACGAUGAAAAAGAUCAAGAUGUAAAAAAUUGUAAGCAAUUAAAUAGUAAAUUUCAAAAAAUGAUGGAAAUGAAAUCAGUUCAUAGCGAUCUUAUUCAAAAUAGAGAAGACGAGGAGAUGGAACUAUAUUUCAAAAAAGGCGAAUCGAAGGAACGGCUAGAGAUAAAAAUGUUGGAAACGUUUAAAAUUAAUUGCAAAGCUGUUUAUUGCAGUGUUUGUAAAUAUGUUGCAUUCUCUGGUUCAGAUCUGUGUAAAACGCUUCAGCACCCUGUUAAAGUUAUCGAUGCUGUCAAAAGAUUCUUCAAAUGUGCUAACUGUGAAAAUAGAACUGUAAGUCUCGACAGGAUCCCUGCAAAUCCUUGUAAAAAGUGUUCUAGUAUAAAAUGGGUAAAAACAAGCAUGAUGGAUGAGAAAAAGUCUAAAGUAACGGGUCCAAAAUUGUGUAUUCGAGGUGGAGAAGAAAAAUUCAUUGGAUCAACAAUAGCCGAUGCCAGUCUUAAUUUGCUAAUACCCGAAUCUAAUUAAUACAUCUCCCAAUAAUUCAUUCGUAUCAUAUUCUUCUGCAUCGUUAUGUCAUUUAGAGAAAUAUGAACCUGACAAAUUCUUGUGAUGUUAAAAGCAUAAUUACUCGAUUGCUUCCUGAAACAAUUAUGAAAGUUAAGUGAUAUUUC